AAUUGGGUGCAUCACAAGAGUGUAUUGAUGCCGUGUGUGAAGAUUUACUUGUGCUCAAACCCACAAGACUCAGUCCAGGAGAGGAGAGUGCUGAGAGAGACCGUGUUCCCUCAGCUCAGGGACCACUGCAGGCGAAAACAUGGGGUGGAAUUCAGGGUUAUUGACCCAUAUGAGGCCCCCAACCCAAAGGACUGGCCUAGCCAACAGGUCAGACACCAGCUUAUACAGGGGUGCAGAGACACUUCAGUGGGACCAUUCUUUGUGGCUCUGAUUGGGGAGGAGUAUGGCACUGCAUCCUUACCUGAGCAGGUGGAGAUCUCGGAGUUCCAGAACGUUCUUCAGACGUGUCAGUCCAUGCAGCUAAGCACUCAGUUACUGGAGGAGUGCUACCGGAGAGAUGAGAAUGUCAUACCACCCUGCUUCUGCUUGCUUAGUCAGUACUGCAGCCAGACAGAGACCGUUAAAGGAACCAAAACAUGGGUUGAGGCUCUGAAAGAAGUAAAGGAUGUGCUCCAGGCAUCUGUAAAGCAAUGUAUUCUUGACGGAAGCAUCACAGAAGAAAAAGCCCAGAAAUACUUUAGAUCAGACCUUGAGAAUGACCUCCGCUUUGCCAUGGAGAACUGUUUAUCCGACGAUAUGAAAAGGUGCCUGUAUUACAUCCAUAAGAUUAUCCAUAAGAAAAAGACAGGAGACCAUCAAGAUCAAGAUUCUUCAAAUGAUCGACUGAGUGAUAUCCGUGAUCACUUCCUGCCCAACUUAGUGACUUCCUGUCAUCUAGAGGUGUACACUACCACCACAGAGUGCGAUCAGCAAGAGGGUUACACAGUGGCCUUGAGACAGGCGUACAUUGAAGGGCUUUGUCAUCAGUUGUUCACAGACCUUUCUAGGCUCAUUGACUCAACUGUCACAAAGAACACAGCCGAUCCUGUUGAUGCCCCCUCCCAGCAGGCCAACCUGUGUCACAUCUAUUCUCAGCUGUACAGGAUUGAACGUGUGGAAGCACAGCUGAUCAAAGCUUACGUUGAGCAGAACAAUCCAAAACAUCCUCUUGUACUCAUUGGGGGGCCAUGCUCUGGCAAAACGGUGUUAAUGGCCCAUUGUGCAAGUCAGGUGAAACUGUGGCUGAAGGCCAGUGAUCCGGUGGUCAUUGCACACUUUUCUCCCCUCACACUGAAGCAGCUUCUCAAUAGCAUCUGCCACCAUAUUGCUGUCAGUUAUAAUCAACCAUGGGACAACUGCAUACUAGAUGUUACUCAACUGGAAGAGGCCUUUGCUGAACUCUUAGCUAUAGCAUCGUCUUCCAAGUAUCCCUUAAUCCUGAUGUUGGAUGGCCUUGACCAGAUGCCAAAUUCUGAAGGACCCCAACACAUGGCCUGGCUCCCUCAAACUUUACCUCUUAAUGUCAAAGUUAUAAUUUCUACUACCUACACCAAAUCAGGCACCCUUGCAAGUCUAAAGACACAAUAUCCAGACUCUAACUUCUUUCUAGAGCUGGAACCAUUUCACAGAAGCAGCUGUGGCCAGAUGCUGACCAGCCUUCUGGAGAGCUCCAAAAGGAGGAUCACCUCAGGACAACAGAUACCAGGGGCUCUCCAGGGUGUGGAAGGUUGCAAAUGGGCAUGA